GGCCUGUGGUGGCAGCGCUGCCAACGCUAAGUGCUUGCUACCUGCUUCCAGCUGAGGUGGCAGAUGGUGGUGACGGCCGCUGGUGGAGGCACCGCCGGAGUAGGAGAGGAUAACGAUGAAUGGAGCAUCCGGACUCUGGUAUAUGGACCGUCGCGAGCGAGUUCUCAAAUUAGGCAAGAGUUUCGAGAAGCAGCCGCGCUGCGCCUUCCACACUGUGCGCUAUGACUUCAAACCUGCUUCUAUUGACACUUCUCGUGAAGGAGACCUUGAGGUUGGCAAAGGUGAACAGGUGACAAUAACUCUGCCAAAUAUAGAAGGUUCAACUCCACCAGUAACUGUUUUCAAAGGUUCAAAGAAACCUUAUUUAAAAGAAUGCAUUUUGAUUAUUAACCAUGAUACUGGAGAAUGUCGACUAGAAAAACUGAGCAGCAACAUCACUGUAAAAAAAACAAGAGUCGAAGGAAGCAGUAAAAUUCAGUAUCGUGUGGAGCAUCAUCAGCAACAAAUCCGGAAUUCAUCUAAGACUCCCAAUCUUACAAAACUUUCUCCACCUGAAGACGAGGUAUCCCCAGAAUCUUCAAUGGAUGAUAUUGAAAAAGAACUGAAGGCGGAAGCUAGUAUAGUGGAACAGAUGAGUAGUUGUGAUAGUUCCUCAGAUUCCAAAAGUUCAUCAUCUUCCAGCAGUGAGGAUAGUUCUAGUGACUCAGAAGAUGAAGAGUGCAGAUCCUCUUCUUCUGACCCAGGGGGUUAUGUCUCAGAACAUCCUACCAUGUCUACCAUGCCACAGUACGGAAGUCCCGAUACUGAUGCUGAUCAUAAUAAAUUUCAUGACAACAGUGGCUUUCUGAUGACUACUUUACGAAAUGAUUUGCAGCUGAGUGAAUCAGGAAGUGACAGUGAUGACUGAAGAAAUAUAUAGCUGUAUAUAUAAAGUUUAUAUGGUAUCUGAUUUUUUACAUUAAGAAUAAAAAUUCCUAGGGCUAAAGAAAAUGUCUUUGCUUUUGAUGACAAAAGAAAUUAAAUUUGAU